AUGAAACUUACCUUUCCCACAACCUACGCAAAAAGGACCACUAAAGCAAAGGAUUUACAGAAACCAGGCAUGGAGGAGCUGACAAUAUGGGAACAACACACUAUUACAUUAGUCAAAGAUUCCAAAGUGGGGUUUGGCUUCGCUCUGUCCGGGGGGAAAGACAAGCCUCACCCGGACAGCGGCGAUACAACGGUGGUGAUCUCAGACGUGCUGCCGAAUGGACCGGCCAUGGGACGCCUCUUCACAAAGGAUCAGGUGGUCAUGGUCAAUGGGGUUUCCAUGGAGAACGUCCACUCCAACUACACCAUUCAGAUCCUCAAGACGUGCGGAAGGACAGCUAACAUUACAAUAAAACGUCCCAGAAAGAUCCAGAUCCCCGCCACCACCUCCAAACCGAGCAGAGCUGUGUCCCACUCCAACCUGCUGGAGAACGACUCGCCUCGGAGACCACGGCGGUACUCUGACGGCAGCGACAACCGUGACCACGACCGGUACCGCUCCAGAGCACGCAGCUCCUCUCCCAACCGCAACGGCCAUAGCACCCUCCCCCUGAUGUCCACCGCCUACAAGCAACUGCCCCACGGAGUCACAGACAAACCCAUCAGAACCACGCUGAUCAAGAAGAGGAUCUCUGAUGAGUACGGACUGAAGUUGGGAAGUCAGAUUUUCAUCAAGCACAUGACGGACACUGGACUGGCUGCAAAAGAGGGCACUCUGCAGGAAGGAGACCUCAUCCUCAAAAUUAAUGGUAUGGUCACAGAGAACCUGUCGUUACUGGAGACAAAGCACCUGGUGGAGAAGAGCAGAGGAAAACUGACCAUGACUGUGCUAAGAGACGACCGCAGGUUCCUGGUCAGUAUCCCGGAGGUGGUGGACAGCGCCCCCAACAGCGAGGACGAGCGCAGGCGGGACAGCAGCUCUGAACUGGAGGAUAUUUCAGACCUGGAUGAUGAUGUGCCCACACACAGACCACGUCAGCCUACGAGAGAGAAGCGCACACGCAGGAUUCGCGCUGAACAACCAGUGGCUGUGGCCCGGUCUCGGGACUCUUCGCCGGUACGCUCGACGCUCCCACGGCCUCCAUUGAAAACCUACGCUCCUCGCAGACCUCCGUCUGAAUCCGAGUCGGACCGUAGUGCAUCUCCCCCUCCAAGAAGGCACACUCCAGAUGUGAGGGAUAACUCAAGUAAAUACAAGAGCUUAUCUGGUGUGUCAACGUUGCCCAACCCAAAGUCCUCUCCUCUGGCCCCCUCCUGGAGUGUGGACAGACCCUCUUCUACCUCAUCUCACCCUCGCAAACCUGUCUCGGACUCAGACUCUGACCGCAGCCCUUCUCCGCCUCCCACUCGAGAGAGCUCCACGCUGGAUAGAUACAAACCGCUUCCAGAUCUGGCCUACGCAGGGAUGAGAGGUUCACCCAUCACUGUCCGCAGUGAGCCCUACCGGAGGGUCAGCUCCCCUGUCAAAUCCCCUCCCCCAGACUCUGAGUCGGAGUCUGAAGAAAGUACUGGACGUCCACAAAGGCAGAGCACCGCCUACAGCCAUGACUCGUACAGCAGAUACAGGGUUCUCCCAGACGUCUCCAUGGACCCUCCCCUUUGGAGCAGCACCAGUGCCCCGGCCAGCAACCCCCCACCCAAAGCUGCCUCGGAGACUGAAUCAGAGGCCAGUUACGCAUCAGUGCCGCGGCGAGAGUCGACCAACAGUGAGCUCUCCAAUCGGGGCAACAAUCGAUACAGAGUCCUGCCCGAGUCCAGUGUAGUCGCAGUGAAACCGGAGGCGCCCACCAGACCGCCCCCCGAUGAUUCAUCAGAGUCAGACCAGCUUUUCCAUCUCCGCCGUUCAGGCAGUUCUGAGAGAGAGGACACCCACCACAGUGCUCCUCGUGGUGCAAAGAGAAUAGGAACGGGCAAGUCCGGUAUUUCUGUCAAAAGCAACCCAUCACUCUACACCAAAGCUGCAGAGGAGCCGAUCUACCUGCUACCGCCAGAUUCGUAUCCAGCCACGACACCUGGGUACAGCUCUGACGUCCACACCGUGUCCUUUGUGAAAGAGGGCAGUGUGGGGCUGCGGCUGGUCGGAGGAAACGACGUGGGGAUAUUUGUGGGCGGAGUCCAACCCAACAGUCCUGCCUACAACCAGGGCAUGAAGGAAGGGGACCAGAUCAUGCAGGUGAAUAAAGUUGAUUUUGGCCAUUUCACACGAGAAGAAGCGGCCAACUUCCUUCUCAAUAUCAAGAACGGAGAGCGGGUGGCAAUCGGCACACAGAAUAAAAUGGAUCUUUAUAGGAAGAUUAUUAAAUCCAAUCUGGGAGACAAUUUUUAUGUCCGGACACAUUACGACCAUGAAGCAGAGGGCUCCAUUGGCCUAAACUUCACCAGAGGAGAGGUGUUCCGGGUGGUUGACACCAUGUACAAGGGGAAGCUGGGCAGCUGGAUGGCCAUUCGAAUAGGCAACGACCUGCACGAGCUCGACAAGGGCACCAUCCCCAACCAGGCCAGGGCUGAGAAGUUUGCCGCCAUGGAGCAGGCGCAGCGGGCUAUUGGAGGAAGAACAAAGACUGAUUCUGGGCCGAGAGCGGAAUUCUGGAAAAUCCGUGGUCUGAGAGGAAACAAGAAAAACGAUAAGAGCAGGCGGACGAGGGAAGACCUGCUGCAGCUCACCAUACAGGGAAAGUUCCCCGCCUACGAGAGGGUCCUGCUCCGAGAAGCAAAUUUCAAACGGCCAAUUGUCAUUCUGGGACCUCUCAAUGAUAUCGCAAUGGAGAAGCUGGCUCAGGAAAUGCCUGAUGAAUACGAAGUGGCAGAGAUGGUUCCUCGAAGUGGCUCUGAAGACAGCGCCUCUACAGUCAUUAAACUGGAUACCGUGCGGAGAAUAGCAGAGAAGGACAAGCACCCCCUGCUGGACAUCACUCCCACUGCAGUGGAGAGACUGAACUACAUCCAGUAUCACCCAAUGGUGUUGUUCUUGGACCCUCACAGUCGAAAAGAUGUUAAAGCCAUGAGGCAGCGGUACAGCCCCAACUCCAACAAGAGCUCCAGACGACUCUUCUCCCAGGCACUCAAGCUCCGCAAGGACUGCAGUCACCUAUUCUCUUCUCGUAUUGACUUGCAGCCCCACAAUCAUGUUUGGUAUGAGGUGUUGAAAGAUAAAAUUCGCCAUCAACAAUCUAAACCUGUCUGGGUGUCUGAAGUCACGCUGGAGGCUGGUGGCGAGCAGGACCUGGAUACCUUGGACCAAACCACGUCAGACUAUCUGAGUGCAGCCAGCGACUUGGAGGACACAGACGGAGAGGGCUUUACUGAUGACGCAUACACUGACAACGAGGAGCUAGAGGAGGCAUACCCCAGCCAGGACCCUCCCCGAGCCAAACAUACUUCCAGAGGGACCAGCUCAGCCUUAGCCCGCUCUUCUGAACCCGCGUACGGAGACAGCCCCAUUCCGGAUCACACCUCAGAUAGCAGUUCCCACAGAGACCACAGAGAGAUCCCACCACUCAUGCACGUUCCGGAGCCCAGAACCUACAGGCCGGAGAACUACAGCCCCUCGCAAAGCCCGACCGAGGAGGAGGAAACGGUCCACCGCAGUUUCACAGACUCAGACUUCAGUGCUCUGGAGGGAGUUCAGCCCACGACCCCUUCCGAAGGACCGCCUGACUUUGUGGCACCAGACCCCACACUGAGGUACUCUGUGCACGAGCAGUCGGCCGAUGAAGAGGAGGAGGAGGAAGAGGCUAGAGAAAGUCCACAGCUCGCAAGUCUUUCAGCGAUAGAGGAGAAACUCGAGCAGGCUCGUCAGGCAGAACCACAAGCACAACCGGAGGAGAGGAAGACCCCCACGUUCAUAGUGCUGGCGCACCAUCACCAGGCCGUUCAGUUCAGACGCACACAGAUCCGAGGCAGCGACAGCUCAGAGGAAGAUGAAAUUGAUGAUGACGAGACUGAGGACAUUGAAUGGGGUCCUGCUACAGAACUAUAG